AUGGAAGAUCAGUCAAUGUCAGUGGAAGAUUUAACAGAUAAAACAAGGAAACUCAGAUGCACGGGUAAAGCUGUGAAGUUAAAAGCUAGUGAAAAGGCUAUUGAAGAACUAUUCAGUACAGGCCUGGUAGGAAAGCUCCUAGCAGACAGAAACAUCAACAAAAAUGCAGUGAAGGCUAUUAUUCUGAAAGUAUGGAGGACUUCCAAGGGUGUGCAGAUUGUAGAUCUAAAGGAAAAUAUUUUUGUGUUCAAGUUUGCUUGUGAAGGUGAUAAAAAGAGGAUCCUAGAGCUGGGGCCUUGGAAUAUUGAAGGGUUUCCUCUUAUCCUUAAACAAUGGCAUCAAAAUAUGUCAGUUGAUGAUUUGGAUUUUUCAAGUAUCCCUUUAUGGGUUCAAAUACACGGUCUCCACAUUGAGUAUAUGUCAAAGGAAAAUGCAGAGGAGAUUGGUGCUCUAGUGGGAGAAGUGUUAGAAGUGGAUUUUACUGGUAGUGGAGGUGUGUGUAUGAGCAAAUUUUUAAGGGUGAAGGUUGUGCUAAAGGUGGAGGAUCCUCUGUUGAGUGGUUUUUUUCUGGACAGAAACACACAACCGAAUCUGUGGAUUCGGUUUAAAUAUGAGAGAAUUGUUGAAUUUUGUUUCAAAUGUGGAAGGUUGGGUCAUUUAAAAGCAAGAUGUCUUUGGGCAGAUGCAGAGGUGAAAUCAAAUUCCAAGGAUCCGUUUGGAUUUGGGCCAUGGCUAAAGGCAGAAGCAGCUAGUAAUAGAGCUUCAAGGUGGGUGGAGUUCAUAGCUGAUAGUAAUCAAGCUAGUGAAGAGGAUGAUGUGAGAAGGAAGGAGGCAGGCAUCCAGGAGCAAGAAGAGAGUAGAGUUUACGCGCUACAAGAUGUGGGAACCAAGGAAACUCAAGCAGUGAGUUCGAGGUAA